GAAAUUUUUGUCGUUAAUGCCCCCUGUGUCCUGAAAUCGAAAGCACCCGGCGUUGUCUUAAAAGCUUUCCGACAGAAUGCGCAACUUCGGAGGCCCCGUUGUUCGACAAGGGUCCACGAUUACGGAAACUUUGUUGGGCCGACUACGUAUCUCCACGCGUUCCUUCGUCCAUCGCGUCGCGAUCACAUUUUGCCUCAUGGCGUUAUCCUCGUUCGCAUUACCCGCUGCGCGUGUUACAUGGCGUACCGCGGCAGCGUGUGUCGCUCCUGUCAAUCCCGUUCGACUUAACUACAGGGAUACGCCGAUAUGCUGAAUUUCGGUGAUCGCCAACAUUGUGGAGACUUUUCAUUUAUACUAAAUAAGUAAAAGAUGCAGAAGAGAAAUUCCUUUUACAAUUUUAUAAAUUGACUAUUGAGAGAAAGUACAUUUAAAUUGAUGAAUUAAUGAUCCGAUCAUGACGAGCAACGUAGCAACAAUUAAGUUAGAAGAGGGGCAAGAAUCUGUGACAGAGAUACAAACAUACUUGGAGACAUUUAACAAAGAGAUAGAGGGAGGUCAGGGAGAGCAACUGCAACAUGUGCAAUUGCAACAAGUGGAAGGAUUGUCAGGUGGAGAAGAAGGUGGAACUUAUUUUGUUGACCAAUCUGGUCAAUAUUACUAUCAAGCCAAUAGCGAUGAAACCCCUGUAAUGACACAAGUGCAAAUUCAAGAAGUAGAAGAAACUGAUGCACAAAAUGAAGGAGAGACAUCUCAAGAAGAACAAUAUCAUGAAAUUGAAGAACUUGAAAAUGUUGAAGGCGACGAAGAUGGACAAGUUGCUAAUAAUGGAAACAAUCAAGUUGUAAUCAACUCUGGAGAUGCAUAUCAAACUGUCACGAUUGUACCAUCCGAUACAAAUCCCGGCGAAGUUAGUUACGUGUUAAUUGUUCAACAACCUGAUUCGGAAGACAAAGAAAGCAGACCCGCGGAAAGGGAAGGAACAGAGGGUGAAGAAGGAGAAGGUGAACAGGACCUUACCGUUUACGAUUUCGAAGACAACGAAGAUAAUGAAGCACCAGUGGAAUCGGAGGCGGAAGAUGAUAAAACCAAAAUUAUUAAAUUUCUACCAAAAAAAUCCCAAACGGUUACUCAAGCUCACAUGUGUAAUUACUGUAAUUACACCAGUCCGAAACGGUAUCUGUUAUCGCGGCAUAUGAAAUCACAUUCUGAAGAAAGACCACACAAAUGCAGUGUCUGCGAAAGAGGAUUUAAAACAUUAGCUUCGCUUCAAAACCAUGUUAAUACACACACUGGGACCAAACCUCAUCAUUGUAAAUUUUGUGACAGCGCGUUCACAACUUCUGGUGAACUUGUUAGACAUGUGCGAUAUAGGCACACUCAUGAAAAACCGCAUAAAUGUCAUGAAUGUGAUUAUGCAUCGGUUGAAUUGUCUAAACUGAAGCGUCAUAUUAGAUGUCAUACAGGGGAGCGUCCGUAUCAGUGUCCUCAUUGUACAUAUGCAAGUCCUGAUACAUUUAAGCUAAAACGACAUUUACGAAUUCAUACUGGAGAAAAACCGUAUGAAUGCGAUUUCUGUCAGGCAAGGUUCACUCAGUCUAACAGUUUGAAAGCUCAUAAACUGAUACACAACGUUGGCGAUAAACCAGUAUUUCAAUGCGAAUUGUGUCCAACAACUUGCGGAAGAAAGACGGAUCUCAGAAUUCACGUACAAAAAUUGCAUACCUCCGACAAACCCUUGAAAUGUAAACGCUGUGGAAAAACAUUCCCAGACAGAUAUAGCUAUAAAUUGCACAGUAAAACCCAUGAGGGAGAAAAAUGCUACAAGUGCGAUUUAUGCCCGUACGCAUCAAUAUCGGCACGACAUCUUGAAAGCCAUAUGUUAAUUCACACAGAUCAGAAACCUUAUCAAUGCGAUCAUUGCUUUCAGUCAUUUAGACAAAAACAACUUCUCAAACGGCAUUGUAAUCUUUACCAUAAUCCCUCUUAUGUUCCUCCUCCACCACAAGAGAAGACGCAUCAAUGUCCCGAAUGUGAACGUCCGUUUAGACAUAAAGGAAACCUCAUUCGACAUAUGGCUGUUCACGAUCCAGAAUCAUCCCUCCAAGAAAAGCAACAGGCGUUGAAGAUGGGUAGACAGAAGAAAAUCCAAAUCAUAGAUGGACAGAGAGUCGAAGUUAUGACAGGUGAUUUAGCUUCUAAACUUAAAGGUUACGAAGAAGAAGAAGAAGAAGACGAAGAUGACAUGAUGGCAGUCGAAGGAAGUGACGGUCAACAAUACGUCGUAUUAGAAGUUAUUCAACUAGCCGAUAACCAAGGAACUGAUCAGAUGGCUGUCGUAGCGAGCGAAGACGGAGACUUGGUAAUGCAAGACCCGUUAAGUCAAGAAAGUGGCAUUGUAACCGGUACAGGGGAAGAAGGUGAUGAAGCGGAAGAAGAGGAAGACGUAGAAAUUGACGAACUGAAACUGGAAUCAGCGGCUGCUAAAUCUGCCUCUCAAAACACGCAAAGCGAUCCGAAGUUACAGAAAGAAAUGGAAACCUGCUUUGGUUUUGACGAGGAGGAAGAUGAAGAGGAAGAGGCCAACAGCAAUAUAAAUAUUUUGCAGACAAUAUCGUAAUAAGAACGAAUGCGAAAGAACACCUACUUACGUAAUAGUCAAAUGUUUUAUCUUUAUCACAGUGUCAGUGUACAUACUGUGUGAGUGCAGUGUACUACUAUGAUAUUUAAAAACUGUAUGGCUCCAAUGGAGCUAUCUUCCCGGGGGCUAGAAUGGUCCACAUACAUGGUACAAGAACAUUUUUUGCCACUAGUGCAUUAGAUGUACGUAAUAAUUUAUGAAGAAACAGUAGUUUUGUGGUUUAGUGAAAUAUCAAGCGAAUGUACAAUUAUAAUAAUGUAAAAUAUUGUUUUACCUUAUUAUCAGUGAAAAAUACUAUCUUCUUUGAAAAAGCAACGUAAACCGACAAAUGCACGUUAACAAUGAGACAUAACUAUAUUAGUAAUAUAGGUUGGCAUAAUAUUUUUAAACAAGUUAUUUAAAAACUUAAUAUAAAAGCACAGCGCGUACUAAGAUGUCUAAACCAACUGGAUGUCGGUCAUUCUUGGAAUGUGGAUAACAAAGAUGAAGUUACAAAAUGAAGUGAGGCUGCAGUGUAAAUAAAUGCUUAUUAUAAUACCUCAUUUUAGAGACAAAACCGUGUUCGAUGAGUGAUUAGAAGGAAGAAAAGAACGCUGAAUCGAUCGAAUUUUACGGUGUAUAGCGUGACUAACACAGUAUAUACAUAAGUAUGUAUAUAAGAGUCAGUAGUAACGGGAAAAUUAUUAAAGUUUUUUCGUUCAACUGAAAGAUGUUACAUUCGUGAUUGUAUAUACGUAUUUCAUAAUAAUAAUAGUAAUAAAUUGUCAUUUUACAAAUAAGUACCUACAAAUGCUAUUAAUAAUUAUGAUUAUACGAAACCGAACUUUUUGUUCACAGAUAGAUGUAUGAAUGGCAGAAAAUAACUUUAUGCUGAGUGUAAUGUUAAGGUCACCGGUGUGUUUGUAAUGCUUAUUUCUUUUCCAUACCAUUUCUUUGAACAAAUGUUGGCACUGAAACACAGGACUUGUAGAAUAUUCUGCUUUUACAGAUUAUAUUUGUAAUAAAUUAAAUAUAAUUCCAGUGAAUCUGAAAUAUUUCACGUUGAUUCAAUCUGUAACAGUUUACUAUGUAAUACACGGUUGUGCGACAUCCAGAUAUUGCAAUUUUAUCAUCCGUACGAAUUACACGAUUUUUCAAUUAUGCAAUUGUGUUAUUAGCGUGAACGUAAUCUUACACACAGUUUUUCGUACAUUGUUGGUUGUAAGUUAUGCUAUGUAACUCGGAAUAUGUAUUGUAAAAAUACUGUAAAAUUUUUUACACUCCAUCUGUAAAAUUGUAAUUGAAUGAUUGAUAAUCAUUGCGUGCGCUUCGAGGCGAGGCACUUUCAUACAUUAUCCCAAAGAAAAAUGGUGUAGCGUUUUCUCUAUAAUAAAUGUUAUGUCAUCGA